AUGGUUGUUGAACCACGCCGUCUGCUUCGAUCAGCUCAAAGUGUCAGGAGUAUGCUUGGUUAUACUUCCGCUUGCCGACAUCUUGCAACUCGAUCGAAUUCAAUUUGGAUUACUAAAAAGGAACUGUCUUCUCUGCUGAAUUCAAGUGACAUAUUAAUCAUCGACGUUAGAGAACCUAAUGAAAUUUUGGAAACUGGUAUUAUACCUGGGGCUUUUAAUGUUCCAUGUACGGAAUCCUUGUCUUCGAAUUCGACUCUAUUUAGAGAGAGGUUUGGAUUUAAUCGAGAAGACCUCAUAUCCAAAAGAAGCGGAGUACAAAGCGCCAGGUCUGUGGAGAUAGCAAAGGAACUGGGUUUUCACAAAUUGGUGUCGAUGUGGCUGGUAGCAAGCUGUGGUGCAGCCCUAUUAUUCGUUGAUACCCGAAGAAUGCAAAUGCUAAGAGGUCCACCGUCUGCUCACCUGCUAGGCCUGUUGUGCGACUGGUGUUUGAGCGUGUUUGGAGACAAAUCAAAGAUAAGAGAGUCACUGAAUUCACUUAACCCGCUUUCUCGUGCGUACGGCAAAGGCUCACUGGAAGUCAAUAUUCCGGUGUCGGAGCGCCGACUCUCAGUGUCAACAAUGAGAACGAAUGCGCAUGGAUUUACAAAGGUAGAAGUAGAUAUUCCGCCACACAAUCAACUACUUGUGUUCGUUAUGUUUCACCUCUGGAAUGCCGUUGGUAAUACAGCCAUCCAGGAAUCCGACGUCACUGUCUCGAUUUCCAGCGCAUCGGUGCGCCUGCACUUACACUCGAUAACGCAUGUCCGUUGUAUUCACCUGCACGGCUGUCGUCUGGUUAUGGAGGAAAUUUAUCAAUUAACCUGGCCACAAGGUUACCUCAAUCUUCACCAGAAGACGGUGUCGGAGUGCUGUUUGCAGGGAAUCAUUCCAAAACAAAGUAUUAAUGAGACGUCGUGCAAAUCGACAGCUGGUGAAAUGCGUGAUUGGGCAUUUGUCUUAUAA